AGACCUCGUGCGAGCUCCUCGAUUCUCGAAUCCUGCGAGUUCUGACGUCGAAUGGCGACGGCAAGGCUGCUAACACGACGGACGGUGGCCAGCAAGUUCAGAUCUCAAACCGUCCGAAAAAGUUAAACGGAACGUAUCGCGGAGUAGUGGAGGCUCCGGGAAUGAGCUUGUGACAUAUUCCGAGGCCUGGGGAUCAAUUGCGGAGUAGUCGUAGCGAGCUCCUACGGUCUCUCGACGACGGUGCAUACGGGAGGCGCGUUGGCGGUGCCGUUAAUUAUGUGAAAGAGAUAAGGAGUAUUGCCUUGGUGCGGCAAAGGUGGGACACGUAUCCCUCACGUCGCAUCAUGUUUCAUCACGAAUACGAGAAACGGCUGCUGAAGCCGAUGAGCACGGACAUCUCGACGGUGACGGGCACAGCGACGUUGUCUAGCACCACUGUUGCCACUUACUCUCCCAUCUACUUCUCACCCACGAAGACGGCGUACAACAACAGCUACGACCGCUUCAUACCUACCCGUUCAGGUAAUAACUGGCAAACGACGUUUUCUAUGAUUAGCGAGAAUGGCCGGGGCGGCCUGGUGGCGAAGAAGACACGAGAGAAUGGCGAGGGUAGCCGUGACGGUAUCGCCUAUUCCUGUCUAUUGAAGAACGAGCUACUCGGAGCAAGCAUAGAGGACGUAAAGGGCCAAUGCGAAGAACGCAGGGUACUCUCGCCAUUAGUCACUAAGAACCUCUUCAAGUACACCACUCCCACCAAGGAUCGGACCCUGCUGGAUCAAAGUUCACCAUACUCCUUAUCACCACUUAGUGCCAAGAGUCAAAAAUUAUUGAGAUCUCCCAGAAAGGCUACUAGGAAGAUAUCAAGAAUACCCUUCAAAGUACUAGAUGCUCCGGAGUUGCAGGACGACUUCUAUCUGAAUCUGGUCGACUGGUCCUCUCAGAAUGUUCUUAGCGUUGGCCUAGGAAGUUGCGUUUAUUUGUGGUCAGCGUGUACCAGCCAGGUGACGAGACUCUGCGAUCUGUCCAGCGAUGGCAACAGUGUCACUUCGGUCGCCUGGAACGAGCGUGGCAAUCUGGUGGCGGUAGGUACGCAUAUGGGCUAUAUACAGGUCUGGGAUGUAGCAGUGAACAAGCAGGUGAGUAAGCUACAGGGCCAUAGCGCCCGAGUGGGAGCCCUGGCAUGGAACGGAGAGGUUCUCUCAUCUGGCAGCAGGGAUCGGUUGAUACUGCAGAGAGACGUGAGGACGCCAUGUAUUGUCGGCGAACGGCGACUUGGUGCCCAUCGGCAGGAGGUGUGUGGCCUCAAGUGGUCACCGGACAAUCAGUACUUGGCAUCUGGCGGCAAUGACAAUCGACUCUACGUAUGGAAUUUACACUCCCUCUCACCCAUCCAGACAUACACCGAACACCUGGCGGCGGUGAAAGCGAUUGCCUGGUCACCGCAUCAUCAUGGCCUGCUGGCGUCCGGUGGCGGCACCGCCGACCGUUGUAUUCGCUUCUGGAAUACGCUGACCGGUCAACCGAUGCAAUGUGUCGACACCGGCUCACAGGUCUGCAACUUAGCGUGGAGCAAGCACAGCUCUGAGUUAGUCAGCACGCACGGUUACUCGCAGAAUCAGAUUCUCGUGUGGAAAUACCCGAGCCUCACGCAAGUGGCCAAGCUCACCGGGCACUCGUAUCGGGUGCUCUACCUGGCGAUGUCGCCCGAUGGCGAGGCGAUUGUUACCGGGGCGGGCGACGAGACUCUGCGCUUCUGGAAUGUAUUCAGUAAGGCCCGCAGUCAGAAAGAAAACAAGUCUGUUCUGAAUCUAUUCACGAGUAUCCGAUAAAUGGAUUGCACUGGUCAUCGUGGUAGAGUCUCGCGAAACGUCUUUUAUUAUGAAUUUUGUACAUAUGC